AUGAAUGAAAAGACUAUUGAUAAAUAUAAACUCUUAAGUACUGAUCUUCUAGGAGCAGGAUCAUUUGCAAAAGUAUAUAAAGGAAUAGAUACAACAAAUAAUAGAUAAGUUGCUAUUAAAAUGCUUCCAAAAAAAAAUAUACUAAAUGAUAAAUAUCUCAUGGAAGGUUUAAGAAGAGAAUUAUCAGUUAUGCAAAAACUGAAAGGAAACAAUGUAGUUCGUUUAUUAGAUACACUUGAAUCAUAAAAUAAUUAUUAUAUAGUACAAGAAUAUUGUAAAGAUGGAGAUUUAGGUACUUAUCUAAAAAAAUAAUAAUAUUUAACAGAAGUAGGAGCAAUAAGAAUUUUAACAGAUAUUCUGAAUGGCUUUAUUGAAUUAUUAUAAUAAGGUAUUAUCCAUCGUGAUUUGAAACCUGCUAAUAUUCUUGUUCAUCAAAAUACUUUUAAAUUAGGAGGUAAUUUAAAUUAUAAAUUAGAUUUCGGAUUUGCUAAAUGUAUUUCUAAUUUUUAAAGAGAUAUAAUGGAAUCUGUUGUUGGAACUCCACUUUAUAUGGCACCAUAAAUUUUAAUGAGAGAAUCAUAUACAAGUAAAUGUGAUAUUUGGUCAAUUGGAUGUAUAUUUUAUGAAUGCAUAUUCAGAAGAACUCCAUGGAUUGCAAAUUCUGUACCCUAAUUACUUAAUAUGAUAUUGAAAUGUCCAGUUUAAUUUCCAUCUUAUAUUUCUGCAGAAGCUAAAGAUUUUAUAUAAAAAUGUCUUGAAGUAGAAGAAGAUAAACGUAUGGGUUGGAAUGAUCUCUAUAGACAUUAAUUAAUUUAUCCAAAGUUUAAAGAUCAUGUAGAUAAAGUCAUAAAUAUGGAAGCAUAAGCUGAAUUCAUAAUAAAUGAACUUAGAUAAAUAAUUGUUGUCAAAUAAAUUGAUUUAUUGGAAACUUUUAAAAAGCUAUAAAUUCAAGAUAAUUAAUUCCUAACUUUCAAAGAAUUAUAACUAUUAUUGAAUGAAAUAGAUCCAAAACUCAAUAGAUAAUAAAUUGAAUUUGUUUUUAAUAUGAUUGAUGUUGACAUGACUAAUUAAAUUAAUUUCUUAGAGUUUUAAAGAUGUCUUUAACAACAUAGAGUUAGAUUAAGCUUAUAAGAAAUUAAACCUGAUAUUGUAUAUGAAAAUAGCCCAUUAAUUUAAAUACCUAAAUGGAAAAUAGAAUUAAAGAAAAUUAAAGAUACAAUAGAGGAAGAAUAAAAAAGUUUAGUUAAACUAUUUAAAUAAUUUGAUACUGAUAUCAAUUAAGUACUCGAUCUAGUUGAAUUUGUUAAAUUUCUCAGGUAACUAUAUAUAUUAUUUAACAAUUAUUAGAUUUUUUAACUCAAAAAUUAACAAUGAAGAUGCAAGCUUAAUUUUCCAGUAUUUUGAUAAAAACUGUAAUGGAGGUAUUGAUUUUUUAGAAUUUAAAUCAACUUUCGAAUCUUAAAUAUAAUGA